UCAUCCGACAUUGGCGCCGACGACUGGGUUGCCCUCGCAGCAGCCCUCGGCUCCACAAUCGGCUGUCUCCUGAUCCUCAUCUCCGCCAACCAAGCCCUGGGUCGACACACCUCCUACGCCACACCAGCACAAGUCGAAAGUGUCCUCUUACUCAUCUGGCUCGAUCAAAUCAACUACUUGAUCGUCAUGGCCCUAGCCAAGACAAGUACAUUAUUACUCUACACGAGAAUUUUCCACGGCGAGCAACAACGGCGGUUUCGGCUCGUGUGUUGGUUCACAAUGGCGGUGGUGGGGUUGACGAGUGUGCUGCUGAUGAUCUUUUCCGUCAUCAUGUGUCGUCCCGUGGAGUAUUUUUGGACAAGAGUACAUCUCCUUGUGGUGCCGGGUAUUGACGAAACAGCAGCAGCAGCAGCGGGAGGAAAGUGUAAAGAUAAUCGACCGUAUUUGUAUGCGAAUACGGUGAUUAGUAUUGUGACGGAUAUGGUGAUUGUGGUGUUGCCGAUUCGGCAAAUUGUGGGGCUUCAGAUGGCGAGGAAGAAGAAGGUGACGGUGUGUGCAUUAUUUGGAUUGGGGAUGAUUGUCAUAGUCUGCUCCAUCAUGAGGGCAACGAAAGUCGAAGAUGCGGCGAACGCCACAGAUCCAAUGGUCAAUCUUUCGGGGCUCUGCGUCUGGUCAUUGGUCGAGUCGGCGGUGAGUGUGAUAUGCUGCUGUGUCCCCGCUAGUCAUCGAUUGAUCAGAGACUUCUUUGUCGAUCUCUUCGGGCGA